GUAAAAACAAAACUAAAGGGACCUAAAUGCAAGAAAACAUUAAAAUUGUAACGUGAACUUCCGAUACCUGUUUGGGCCGAAGCCCAUUAUGAAGAUUGUUUGAUAGAUGGCCUAAAGGGUAUUUUAACUGUAUAGGGUUUGGUCUCUAUAUCUCGCAGGCAGUGUUUUGUUCUUGCUCUCUGUGUGUGAAAGGCGGCUACAGAUCCGACAAUGCCUAAGCAAAUCCACGAGAUUAAGGACUUCCUUCUGACAGCAAGAAGGAAAGAUGCUAGAUCAGUGAAGAUCAAGAGAAGCAAAGACAUUGUCAAGUUCAAGGUCAGAUGCUCAAAGUACCUCUACACUCUCUGCGUCUUUGACCAAGAGAAAGCCGACAAGCUUAAGCAGUCUCUUCCUCCAGGUUUGAGCGUGCAAGACCUUUGAAGAUGAGAAAAUGGAGCCUUUUGCUAUGAUGAAUCCUGAUGAGUUUUUGUCUGUUUAAACUAUGUUCAAACUUUUUUUGAGUUUUGAGUAUGUUGUCCUUUUUUUUUUGUUAUAAAAAGUUGAAUACAAUUAUCGCUCUCGAUUGAAUAUUUAAAAUUACUUAUUAGUUCGA